AUGAUUCAAAUAAUUCUUAAAAAAUUAAUUAGUGGAUAUAGAUUCAUGUACGUUCGGAAUAUUUUUUUUUGGAUUAUUAUUUUUAGAUUCAUCGACAUUGUUGAUGAGGAGCUGAACCUCAAUAAUGAAAUGGCCACCUAUGUUCAAGAUAACUUGUUCACUAUUAAUAUCAAUGAAAUUGCAGCCGAAAUCUAUGAGGAGUCAAACAGAGGUAAAAUCACUCAGCUCCUACAAAAUUUAAAUAUGAGAAAAGACUUGCUCGUGAAACUGAAUGUAUUAUAUAAGAGCAAAUAUGGUGAAGAUCUUGCCGAUGUUCUAUUCAGAAAUAAAGAUGAAUUCAAAAAAUUUCUUGGACCCAAGACCCAGGACACCCGGAUCCAGGACACCCGGGUUAAGGUCACCCGGAUGUGGGACCCAGGUCACCACCCGGAUCCAGGUCACCGGGAUCUAGGUCACCCGGGCCCACGACCCAGAUCACCCGGACCCACGACCCAGGUCACCCGGAUCCAAAUCACCCGGAUCCAGGUCACCCGGAUCCAGGACCCAUGUCACCAGGAUCUAGGUCACCCGGAUCUAGGUCACCCGGAUCCAGGUCACACGGAUUCAGGUCACACGGAUCCAGGACCCAGGUUACCCGGAUCCAGGCCACCCGGAUCCAGGUCACCCGGAUACAGGCCACUCGGAUCCAGGCCAACCGGAUCCAGAACCCUGGACAUCCGGAUCCAGGACACCCGGAUCCUUUCUCCAGGCUCCCCUUUCAGGAGCCCAGAGAAGGGAGAACUGAUUCUUCCCACUGAUUCUUUCUUCUUUUAUAGUAUUCUUCCUGAGGUCAAUGGGCCACGUAGGGUCGUGGGUUUCCAAACCUCACGCAAUCGAUUUAAGUUUAGAAGCGCAGAUAACGUCAGGGCCCAUGAUAUUUUGUAUUACCGUAUGCUUGCCGGAAAUCAUUUAUCGAAUUUCGGGCUUUGUUACUCGCUGAAUAAGUGUCUCGCAACAGUUAGGAGAGUUUUGAAAGACCAUGCUAACGGUAUUGAAGGUCUGGAAUCGGCAGGGAUCUUGUUUGCCGAUAUUAUUGAUUAUGUCUCAAAUAUUGAUUUUUUUUUUCAAAAUAAUAAAGUUCAUAAAUUUCAAUACCAAAUUUUGGCGGCGUACAAUGACGCUUCGCUGAACAAGACACUUGCGGCUCAAAUGUCUAGCUGGGCAGAGCGUGUCAUUAUUUUUAUCGAGUAA